AUGCCCUCCAGCUUGGGGUGUCUACUUCUCUGUGGAAGUGUUGCACUAGCCCUGGGAAAUGCACAGAAAUUGCCUAAAGGUAAAAGGCCAAACCUGAAGGUCCACAUCAAUACCACAAGUGACUCCAUCCUCCUGAAGUUCCUGCGUCCAAGUCCUAAUGUAAAACUGGAAGGUUUUCUCCUGGGAUAUGGCAGUAACUUAUCACCAAACCAGUACUUCCCUCUUCCUGCCGAAGGGAAAUACACUGAGGCCAUAGUCGAUGCCGAGCCUAAAUAUCUGAUCGUCGUACGGCCCGCUCCUCCCCCCAGUCAAAAGAAGUCAUGCUCAGGUAAAAAACGAUCUCGCAAACCUCUCCAGCUGGUGGUUGGCACUCUGUCACCAAGCUCAGUCUUCCUGUCCUGGGGCUUCCUCAUUAACCCUCACCAUGACUGGACAUUGCCAAGUCAGUGUCCCAAUGACAGAUACUACACAAUUCGCUAUAGAGAAAAGGAUAAGGAAAAGAAAUGGAUUUUUCAACUCUGUCCAGCCACUGAAACAAUCGUGGAAAAUCUAAAGCCUGACACAGUUUAUGAAUUCGGAGUGAAAGACAAUGUAGAAGGUGGAAUUUGGAGUAAGAUUUUUAAUCACAAGACUAUUGUCGGAAGUAAAAACAAAGUAAAUGGGAAAAUCCAAAGUACCUAUGACCAACUCCACUCUGUGCCAGCAUAUGUCCCAAGAAAGCUAAUCCCAGUAACAAUCAUCAAGCAAGUGAUUCAGAAUGUUACACACAGGGCCUCAACUAAAUCUCCAGAUAAGACUCCCUAUGGAGGAACAAUACUGGUCCACCUUGUUAUCCCAGGCCUUAAUGAAACCACCGUAAAACUUCCCACUUCCAUAAUGUUCGAGAUUUCAGAGGCAAUCAAGACACAGUUAGCUAAGAAUGAAACCUUGGCAUUGCCUGCUGAAUCUAAAACACCAGAGGUAGAAAAAAUUCCAGCACUGCCCAUAACAGUGACUCCUGAAUCAGUUCCAAGAACCACUAAGCCCACUGUGUCUAGUGCAUUAGACAUUUCAGAAACAACACUGGCUUCAAGUGAAAAGCCAGGGAUUGUGCCUACAAGUAAAAUAUCUGAAGAUUCCAAAAUUCUACUGCCUCAAACUGCCACUUAUGAUGUUUUCUCAAGCCCUACAACAUCAGAUGAGCCUGAGAUAUCAGAGCCCCACACAGCAACAAGCGAUCCACUUCUGGACUCUGUCCCACCUAAAACUUCUAGAACUCUUGAACAGCCAAGGGCAACACUGGCUCCGAGUGAAACACCAUUUAUUUCUCAAAAACUGGAAAUCUUUACCAGUCCUGAAUUGCAGCCUACAACACCUGCUCCCCUGCAAACUACAUCUGUCCCUUCUACACCUAAACGACGCCUCAGGCCCAAAACACCAAGAACUAAGCCUGAAAGAACCACAAGUCCUGGAACAAUUACAUCUAAAAUUUCUAAAAGCCCUGAACCUAGACGGACAACAAUGGCUCCCAGUAAAACACAAUUUAUUUCUUUGAAACCUAAAAUCCCUCUCAGUCCAGAAGUGACAGACAGCAAACCUGCUUCCGAGCAGAUACCACGAACUCCUCCUAAACCAAAAACAUCUCCACGUUCAAGAAUCCCACAAACACAAUCAGCUCCUAAGGUAUUCCAGCAUGUUACUCUGAAGCCAAAGACAUCACCAAGUCCAGAAGUGUCCUAUACGCCACCUGUUCCAAGGGAUGUGCUCCUUCCCCAUAAACCAGUCCCUGAAGUCUCUCAGAGCGAACCUGCUCCUUUAGAGACACGAGGCAGCCCUUUGAUUCCUAUGAUUUCACCAAGUACUAGUCAAGAGGAACUACAAACCAGUCUUGCAGAAACAGACCAGUCUACCCAAGAGCUCUUCACAAUGAAAGUUCCACGAACGACUGAAUUGGCAAAGACAACUCAGGCACCACACAGAGUGUAUACAACAACUAUGAGGCCCAGAACACCGGACAAGCCACACAUCAGACCUGUUCUAAAUAAGACAACUACAAGACCGAGCAGACCCAGACCCAGUGGGACACCCAGAGGGAAUGGAAUAGGAGCAGGGGUCAAGCAAGUCCCACUGCCAUCUGGUGCUGGUAGAAAUGUAACAGUGGAUUCUUCUCACCCCACAAAAAAACCAGCCAUAAUCCCAGGUACUCGUCGCCCACCCCUGCCACCCAGACCCAUGCCCCCACGAAGAAAGCCUUUACCACCCAACAAUGUCACCGGAAAGCCAGGAAGUGCAGGAAUCAUUUCGUCAGGCCGAGUAACUUCCCCACCCUUGAGGGCAACACUCAGACCUACAGAAGCUCCCUUGGAGACAAUGGAGACAGAUAAAAAGCCACCGACAGUUCCUGCCUCAGAAGAAGAUCUUGAUAACAUGACUGACUUUAGCUCAAGUCCAACAAGAGAAACUGAUCCUCUUGGGAAGCCCAGAUUCAAAGGGCCUCACGUGCGGUAUAUCCAAAAGCCUGACAACAGCCCCUGCUCCAUCACCGACUCUGUCAAGAGAUUCCCCAAAGAGGAGGCCACAGAGGGGAAUGCCACCAGCCCACCGCAGAACCCACCCACCAACCUCACUGUGGUCACUGUGGAGGGGUGUCCGUCCUUCGUCAUCCUAGACUGGGAUAAGCCGCUCAACGACACUGUCACAGAAUAUGAAGUUAUAUCCAGAGAAAAUGGAUCAUUCAGUGGGAAGAACAAGUCCAUUCAAACAACAAAUCAAACCUUCUCCACAGUAGAAAAUCUAAAACCAGACACAAGCUAUGAAUUCCAGGUGAAACCCAAAAACCCACUUGGUGAAGGGCCACCCAGCAACACAGUGGCAUUCAGUACUGAAUCAGCUGACCCAAGAGUGAGCGAGCCAGUUUCGGCGGGAAGAGACGCCAUAUGGACUGAGAGGCCCUUCGCCUCGGACUCCUACUCGGAGUGCACGGGCAAACAGUACGUCAAAAGGACCUGGUACAAGAAGUUCGUGGGCGUGCAGCUGUGUAACUCCCUCAGAUACAAGAUUUACCUCAGCGACUCCCUCACAGGAAAAUUUUAUAACAUAGGCGAUCAGAGAGGCCAUGGAGAAGAUCACUGCCAGUUCGUGGACUCAUUUUUAGAUGGACGCACAGGACAGCAACUCUCUUCUGACCAGUUACCCACCAAAGAAGGCUAUUUCAGAGCAGUUCGUCAGGAACCAGUCCAAUUUGGAGAAAUCGGUGGUCACACUCAAAUCAAUUAUGUCCAGUGGUAUGAAUGUGGGACCACAAUUCCCGGAAAAUGGUAG